CUCCUAGCCUGGCCUGGCUGUUCGUUGGCCUGGCACCAGACGAAGUGCCUGUCGCCCGUGUCCGCACCUUUCCUUCCACUGUACCUGUAUCUACCCAACCCGACCGAGAGAGAAGGCGCUCGUCGAAUCCGCACUCUCCUCCCAAUCGGCCGACGCGCCGGAACGCCAUGGUCUCCUCUUCGCAGCUUUGGUAGCCGACUCCCCCAAUUCUCCUCCCCAAUGCGACGACAUUCGACGAACACAGCUACAUCAAAGCAAAGACCCCGUCCGCCUUGGCGCCGAUGCUGAAUCCCACUUCCCAGCAAAUCAUGCGACGCCGACAGACCCUGGCGCUGUUCGGCCUCGUCUUGCUCGCCCUCUGCUUCUACACAGUCCUCCGCCUCGACGACUCGCGGCUGGUGAGGGAGCCAGUGUCCCGCAAAGGGCCGCCACCGGAGACGAAGACGGGCGAGAACAAUGGCGGCGACAAACCCAAGUCCGUACACUGGGAAGAGGCGCCCCGUAUCCGUGGGGGCCCUAGACCAAAGUCUGUCAGCGGGACUGGCUCGCAUCCCAUCUGGUUUCUCAUGAGCGAUGCCCAGCGCGAGCAUGACCAACUCAUCAAGAGGCAGUCCAAGACGCUGGCAGAUGCUGUCAAGGAAUACCGCAGGCGGUACCAGCUGUCCCCACCCCCCAACUUCGACAAGUGGUUCGAGUUUGCCACGGCCAACAAGGUCCAGCUUGUCGACGAGUUCGACACCAUCCACGACCUCAUCACGCCCUUCUGGGGCCUAAAGCCCAAGACGAUUCGCGCGAGAGCCAAGGAGGCCCUGGGUUUCGACAACGCGCUCAUCGGCGUCGCCAUCCGGAACCAUGCGGUCUCUCAUAUCAGCGGCGGCCAGGAAUGGCAGCGCAACGCCACCGAGGGCAUGAUGGCCAAGUUCGUACAGUAUCUGCCGGACAUGGACUUGGCGUUCAACAUCCACGACGAACCGCGAGUCGUCGUUCCGCACGACGAUCUAACGCGACUCGUGAGCAAGGCGCGCGAUGUGAACAUGCCCGCUUCCAACGCCAACACAAACCCGAUUAAUGACUUCUCCAAGACAGCUCCUGAGCUGAGCGACAAGAAGAUGUUUGAAGAGACGAAACUGACUCGUUUCAACGUUUUCGCCCAUCAGCCCACUUGGACGCACUCGCGCAUGUCGUGUCCGCCCGACAGCCCGGCCAGGAUUCUCGAAGAGGACGAGCGCGCCGACGACAUGAGCAAGUACGGGGUUGGUGAUCUCGGCUUCGUCUACAACGCCACGGCCAUGUCGGACGUUUGCCUCACACCGUCGUUGAGCUCGACCUUUGGCUUUUUUGAUCGGCCCAAUGCUUUCAACAUCGUCCACGACCUGUUCCCCAUAUUCUCCCAGUCAAAAAUCUCAUCAUAUAAUGACUUCAUCUAUCCCUCGCCCUGGUAUUGGUACAAAAAGGUGUCCUACGAGGAGGAUAAGGACAAGCCUUGGACGCAGAAGCUAGACAAGCUCUAUUGGCGUGGCUCGACGACCGGCGGCUUUAGCCGGAACGGAGGGUGGAGGAGGCAACACCGCCAGCACUUUGUCCAGAAGAUCAACGCACAUGACCAGGUACAGAUUAUGGUCAACAGUGGCGGUGCGGAAAAUCCGAAAUGGGAGACGAAGCAAGUUCCCCGUGGGGACUAUCGCGACUUCAUUGAUGUGUCGUUCUCGCACGUCGGCCAAUGCGACCCAGGUGACUGCGACGCGCAAACUCAAUACUUCGAUGUGAAGGACCGUGUGGAGCAACAGGAUGCUUGGGGUUACAAGUACCUCCUGGACAUUGACGGCAACGCUUUCUCUGGUCGCUUCUACGCCUUUCUGCAGAGCAAGAGCCUGACCUUUAAGCUCGCCAUGUUCCGUGAAUGGCACAAUGAGUGGCUCCGACCCUGGUUACACUACGUGCCCCUGAGUCUUCAAGGCGAUGAGUGGCUCGAGGCGGUGCGCUUUUUUAGCAGCAGCAGACUCGGCAACAACGAGGCCGAGCGCAUCGCCAUGGCGAGCACGCAAUGGGCCAACAAGGUGGUCCGCAAAGAGGAUAUGGAGGCGUGGUUUUUCAGAUUGCUCCUCGAGUAUGGACGCGUCAUUGACGACCAGAGAGCAAUCAUUGGUUUCGAUCCGUCGAGCGCGGGCAAGAAACUACCGUGACUGACCCAAGAAAUGAGUUGAGGACCACAAGGGCCAGCGUGUGAAUGACGAAACGGCUGUAUAUGCAUAUACACAAAGCGGGCGAGCCGGGACCCUUUAUAUAUACAAACGUUUCCCGCUUGCUCAAGGAGUACGGGCGCAUUCUUUUCUUGUUUAUCUACUUCACCACUUCCCUGGGCGGCUUGUAGAACAGAGUUGGCUUGAUUGCGAUUUUGUAACAUCGGACAUGUAAAGCAUACAAUAUAAUACCCCUUCCGCCUUG